GGCAUGACAUUUUAGGAUGAGAAUCAUAUAAUUCAGCCCCCUCCGCAGGUCCAGCUUUAUAUCCGAGUCUGACUGACAUGGACUGAACAGUUUAAAGGGCUUCAGUCCAGUAGUUGCCAGCCCAUUGAACUGAAAACAAGAACUGUGUGGAUGUUAUAGGGACUGUGGAUUUUUGUCACAUAUUUGCUAGAAGAUUUUUUUCCCACUUAACAUUUACAAAGUUUUUGUCUUAGGGGACAUAAAUAUUGUGUACUGAUUCCGCCGGAUUGCACGUUACAACAGGAGUUAUGAUACUCAGGAGUAAUCUCUGCUUGUGGCCUUUGCUGUUACUAUGUAUCAGAGCACUACCUCAAGAUGGCCCUGUAGAAGACGAAUCCAUCUUCGACCUCUUCAAAAUCAGCGGCAUCAGCAGAAAAACUAUUGGAGCCAAGCUCUUCAAGGGCCACGACUGGGACUCACCAGCAUACCGCUUCAUCCGCUUUGACCACAUCCCAGCUGUGAGCACCCCGGCGCUCCAUCAGAUCCUUAAACAGGUCCAGAACAAUGAGGGCUUUGUGUUUGUGGCCACCAUGCGACAAGACAAGGGCUCCAGGGGCACCUUGCUUGGAGUGGAGGGUCCCGGAGGGCUCCGUCAGCUUGAGAUUGUGUCCAAUGGUCGUGCCAACACGCUGGAUCUGGUCUACAUGGUGAAGGGAUCUCAGAACGUGGUGUCCUUUGAGGAUGUGGACUUGUCUGAUUCGCAGUGGAAGAACAUCUCGCUGUACGUUCAUGGGGAGAACGCUCACCUGUAUGUCGGCUGCAGCCUCAUAGACAGCGUGAUCCUGGAUGAGCCUUUCUAUGAGCUCCUGCGUCCAGAGGGCAGCCAGAUGUUUGUGGCCAAGGGCUCUAUCAGGGAAAAUCACUUCAGGGGUUUACUGCAAAAUGUUCAGUUCCUCUUUGACACACCAAUAGAAAACAUCCUGAGAAACAAAGGCUGUGAGAUUGCCAAACCUGAGGAAGUUAACGUGGUUAAUGAGAGUACAGAAUCUGUGUCUGUCGGUACAUCUAUAGCUACCAACUUCAUUGGGGAGAAGGAGAAAAUAGCAUCCGACGUGUGCGAGCGGUCUUGUGAAGAGCUCAGCAACAUGGUCCAGGAGCUCAAAGGUCUUCGUAUCAUCGUGGGCAAUCUCAUCGAUGGCUUGCAGAAAGUGACGGAGGAGAACACCGUGAUGAAGGAGGUGCUGGGAAACAUGAAGAACAUCAAAGACAAGCGCAUGUGCUGGCAAGACGGCCGUCUCUUUGAGGAUAAGGAGGACUGGGUUGUGGACAGCUGUACCAAGUGUACCUGUCAGGAAUCAAAGAUCGUGUGCCAUCAAAUCACAUGUCCGCCAGUAGCAUGUGCCAGCCCCACUUUCCUAGAUGGCGAGUGCUGUCCGCUGUGUCUGCCUAAAGACAGCGAGGAUGGCUGGUCACCUUGGUCUGAAUGGACCGAGUGUACGGUGACAUGUGGGACAGGCACACAGCAAAGAGGCAGGUCAUGUGAUGCCACAAGUAACCCCUGCAGUGGCCCGUCUAUCCAAACCCGCAGAUGCAGCUUGGGAAAAUGCGACAGUCGUGUUCGUCAAGAUGGUGGUUGGAGCUUGUGGUCCCCCUGGUCAUCUUGCUCUGUGACAUGUGGAGAAGGACAAAUCACACGAAUUCGCCACUGCAAUUCUCCUGUCCCUCAGCUGGGAGGAAAGGACUGUGAGGGCAGUGGGAGAGAGACGCAAAAGUGUGAAGCCAAACCCUGUCCAAUUGAUGGAGCCUGGGGUCCCUGGUCUCCUUGGGCGGUCUGCUCUGUCACCUGUGGUGGAGGAACGAGGACACGAACACAUGUGUGUAACAGCCCUCGUCCACAGUAUGGAGGAAAGAAAUGCCCCGGAGAUUCCUUAGACAUUAAUGCCUGUAACAAACAGGACUGUCCUGUGGAUGGUUGUCUGUCUAACCCAUGUUUCGGGGGUGUUGAAUGCACAAGCUCUCCUGACGGCUCGUGGGAGUGCGGUCCGUGCCCUCUCGGCUACCGGGGCAAUGGAAAAGUGUGUGAGGAUGUCAAUGAGUGUGACAUGGUCCCCGAUCUGUGCUAUAAAGUGGGUGAUUCCCAGCGUUGUGUCAACACAGACCCAGGAUUCCACUGCUUGCCUUGUCCUCCUCGAUACAAAGGCAAUCAGCCGUUUGGAAUGGGAGUGGAGGCUGCCAAGCUAAAUAAACAGGUGUGCGAGCAAGAAAACCCCUGCAAGGAAAAAACCCACAACUGCCACAGGUCUGCUGAGUGCAUUUACCUCGGCCACUUCAGCGAACCCAUGUUUAAGUGUGAGUGUAAGAUCGGUUAUGCUGGGGAUGGACUCAUCUGCGGCGAGGACUCGGACCUUGAUGGCUGGCCUAAUCAGAACCUGGUGUGUGGAGCCAACCAAUCCUACCACUGCAAAAAGGACAAUUGUCCCAAACUUCCAAACUCAGGCCAAGAGGAUUUUGAUAAAGAUGGUCAAGGUGACGCCUGUGACAAAGACGAUGAUAAUGAUGGAAUCAUGGAUGAGACCGACAACUGUCCUCUACUGUAUAAUCCCAGGCAAUUCGACUAUGAUAAAGAUCUUGUCGGUGACCGCUGUGAUAACUGCCCAUAUGAGCACAAUCCUGCUCAGAUCGACACAGACGGUAAUGGCGAAGGGGACGCCUGUGCUGUCGACAUUGAUGGAGAUGAGGUUCUGAAUGAGAACGAUAACUGUCCCUACAUGUACAACACUGACCAGAAGGACACGGAUAUGGAUGGAGUGGGUGACCAGUGUGACAACUGCCCUCUGCUGCACAACCCUGAGCAGACUGACUCAGAUAAUGACCGAGUCGGUGACGAGUGCGACAACAAUCAGGACAUUGAUGAGGACGGCCACCAGAACAGCCUGGAUAAUUGUCCUUACAUUCCCAACGCCAACCAGGCCGACCACGACAAAGAUGGGAAAGGAGACGCUUGCGAUUCCGAUGAUGAUAAUGACGGAGUCCCAGAUGAUAAGGACAACUGCAGACUGGUGCCCAACAAAGACCAACGAGACUCUGAUGGUGAUGGAAGAGGCGACGCCUGCAAAGAUGAUUUCGACAACGACAACAUUCCAGACUUUAUGGACGUGUGUCCUGAGAACGACGCCAUCAGCAGCACAGACUUCCGCAAGUUUCAAAUGGUGCAUUUGGAUCCCAAAGGAACUGCACAAAUUGAUCCCAACUGGGUGGUCAGGCAUCAGGGCAAAGAGCUCGUUCAGACAGCCAACUCAGACCCCGGCAUUGCAGUGGGCUUCGAUGAAUUCAACGCUGUGGAUUUCAGUGGCACUUUCUAUGUCAACACUGACAGAGAUGACGAUUAUGCUGGCUUUGUGUUCGGCUAUCAGUCCAGCGGGCGCUUUUAUGUGGUAAUGUGGAAGCAGAUAACGCAGACUUACUGGGAAGACAAUCCUUCAAAAGCCAUUGGAAUCUCAGGGGUUUCUCUGAAAGUGGUUAACUCUACUACGGGCACAGGAGAGCACCUGCGCAAUGCCCUGUGGCACACCGGAGACACACCUGGACAGGUCCGCACACUGUGGCACGACCCAAAGAACAUCGGCUGGAAGGAUUACACUGCCUACAGGUGGCACCUCACUCACAGACCCAAGACUGGAUUCAUCAGAGUGGUGGUUUAUGAGGGGAAACAGAUCAUGGCAGACUCAGGACCAGUUUAUGAUCAAACAUUUGCAGGAGGGAGAUUAGGACUGUUUGUCUUCUCCCAGGAGCUGGUUUACUUCUCUGAUCUCAAGUAUGAAUGUCGAGAUAACUGAGCAAAGGUGGAAAUGACACCCUUUAAAAACUACAGAACACAUGUACACUCUCUGACAAAAGACCAAAGAUUUCAAACUACAAACGUCACAGAUGGAAACAGACCUCGAACUUCCCCAUGAGGAGAAGCAGUGAACUUACAUUUCAAGUCAUAUUUUAUACAUGUUUUUUUUGUCCUCAAGUAAUUUUUAAUCAGCCUUUUGAACAUUACAUUUGUGGUAUUUUUAUUUUUUCUUACAAAAUGCAACAAUCUAGAGGGAAAAACAAUCACAGACCUUCAUCCUCCGAUGUCUUUAUCACCAGCUGCUUUACUUGCACAAGAUUUUUGUACUUCCUGUGUAUUUUUACAUAAUGUGCAACAUGUUCCUCCUUCGGGUUUGUUGUUGUAAUUAAGACAUCUUUUUCUACAACCCUCGAUUCUAACAGGGGCUUUGGGUUUGAUCAGCAUAUAAAUGUUUUUGAGAGCUUUGAGAUGAAGAUGUUUAUAUUAAGACUGUACCAUAAUUACUUGUGUAAAGUAUUUAUAUGACUCUUGCAAUUCAGUAUCAAGUUAUGUCUAGUUUUUUUAUGCAGUGCUUUCAGAAUCUAGACAUUGUAAAUACUAAUUUAUUUGUUUACACUGACAAAAUUUGACUAUUGCCGUUUAAAGAUUUAAAAAAGAACAUUUUUAUUGCUAUGCUUCGAAAUCCAUAACGCAACUUCAUGCCUAUAUAGUUUUUUUAAUGCAUUUUUUAUAGAAGUUUUUCAAAUGUGAGUAUGAAUGUGCUAUUGUGUCGUUUUGUUUUUUCCAUUGAUGCCACACUUCAUUUGUUACAUUUAAAACAAACUCUUUUCUGUUAAUUAACCACUUUUUUCCUUUAGAAUUUUAUUUUAAAAAUGUAAUGCAGAGCACCGUAUAUAAUAGAACAAAUAAUUUUGUGAGUAUCAGAGAAAUAAUUGUGCAUAAGAAAUUGACAUUGUCAGAUCUUUUGAGCCUAACCAUCUGCUUUGUUUUUCUUUUUCUUUUUUGAAUGAUUUUAUAUUCAUAAUUGUUUUUCAUAUUUUGUAAAAAUGUGCAAUGCUUUUGCUUUUUAUGCCACAUCCGUUGAAAACCUUGUAAAGUUUUCUAAUUUAGCUUUUCUCACAAUUGUCUUGUUUUUUCUUUAAUAAAAUGAUUACUCACAGUUUUCUA